CGGAUGACAAUUCAACCCUGGAGCCUUGUGAAAAUCCGCAGGAAUACGAAGAGCUCUGUGGGAUUUUGGUCAGCCAAGUGGGACCCUUUGCUGAGUGCCACUGGCAUGUGGAUCCUUCCCCAUUUUAUGUGGCCUGCCUGUAUGAUUUGUGCCACUAUGGAAAAAAUAACAACAUGCUGUGCAUGAGCCUUGCAGCUUAUGAGGAAAUAUGCCUCCUUCAGGGGAUUCAGACCUCGGGCUGGAGAGCUUCCGUACAAUGCCCUGCCACUGAUCCCUGCCUGGACUUGGCAUGUGGAGACAAUGAGUGGUGUGGGGAAAAGAGAGGAAAAUGGGGUUGCUUCUGCCGCAAAGAUUAUAGCCCCACCAAAAAGGCCGACUAUGAUUACCAGCUGACCUGCACUACCAGCAGAAGUAUGGUCUCUCUCUCCUGUUGCCUCCUUUUCACUGAUGGAUUCCCUGCUGAAAAACUCCACCUGGCUGAUCUCACUUGUACCGGCUCAUUAGUUGGAGACAGACUCAUCUUCUACUUUGACACGGUGCAGAAAACCUGUGGGACACAAAUGGAGGUAAAUACAACCCAUGCUAUCUACUCCAACGUAGUGCAGGCUCAUCUGGAGAACAUCUAUGGUGGGAUGAUCAGCCGAGACCGGUUUCUUUUCCUGCGCUUCUCUUGUGCUUUCCCCCUGAACAUCAACCUCUCCAUGGCAUCUGUCAUCCAUCCCAUCCAUGACAUCAUUAACACAACCAUCACCUCUGGCCAAGGGACCUACCAGACCAUCAUGACCUUGUACCAAGAUCCCAAGUACACCAGACCUUUUGCCCAGAACCCCAUCUUGCUCAUGGUCAGUCACAGGGCCUACGUGGGCAUCAAAGUUUUGGGAGUUGACCCCACCCACUUUGUGGUCACCUUGUCCUCGUGCUGGGCCACGCCAGACAGAGAUCCUUCCUCCAGCAUUCGGUGGGACCUCAUCACAAACCAGUGUCCCAACCCGCAAGAUGGCACAGUAGCAGUGGAGGAAGAUGGAGUGUCCCUUGUGGGGCGCUUCUCCUUCAGCGUUUUCAUGUUCCUCGCAAAUUUGGAAGAGGUGUAUCUACACUGUCGCAUCCGCCUCUGCAGCUUCCGGAUAGCCAAAUGCAGAGUGAACUGCCAUUCACCAGGCUCUGUGAUUGUGGGAAGGAAACCUCCAUCAGCCAUCGUCUCAGCUGGCCCUUUCUUGAAAUACAGUAGCAAUUUCCUUGAUCAAGGUCUUCAGCUGGCCAGUAGAAACUGUAGCCCGUCACCCGUCGUCUUCCUAUUUCUGUUCCUCAGCACUGUAGUGUCCUGCUGGAUUCCACGUUAACAUCUUAUGCUGAGAAUAUGUCUUAUGGAUGGAUGGAGAUGGCAGACUUGAGGCCCACCAUUCACAGAGAAAUUUCAUGCUGGUAUAGUUUUUUAUGGAAUCAAAGAUGGGUAGAGAGCAUUAGAAGUCAGGGUGUGGAAAAGUUCUGGGUGAUGUCAGGACUCAGGAGUCAUAUUUAGACAUGGCCUUGGUUGUUCUUUCUGUAUGUAUGUAUCAUUUCAAUUGUGAGGUACACAAAUAACUUUUUUCUUCUCUCUGUCCCUCAAUGCCAUUCCAUGCUUUUCACAGCUUUUAAUGUUCCC